AUGAGUGAGCUGGAAAUGGGACAAGUGAAUGGUGUCUUGGAGAACUCUUCAUCUAGUUAUACAGCAAGUUCACCAACAAUUCCACCUUCAGGACAUUAUAGCAUGAGAGCAAUAAUGUUUAGAAUAGAUACUUAUAGACAUAGAAAUUGGAAUUAUCCACAUCUAACUCCAGAAUUAUUGGGUUCAAGGGGAUUUCUAUAUUUAGGUGAAGGUGAUUAUAUUGAAUGUGUUUUUUGUGGUUACAUGGUGACAAAUUUAAGCAAUGACAACGAUCCAAUUAGAACACAUAAUCUAGUUAAUCCUGCUUGUCCAUCAAUUGUUGCAGUAAACCCUGGUCAUUUGACAGCCAGGGGAGAAAAUGAAUAUGUAGAAAUUUGGGAAAUUCCAGAUAAUGAACCAACACCAACUGUUCAAUCUCCAUCUCAUUCAUCUCCUCCACUUCCUCCGAGAAGACGACGACAUAGGGAACAUUCAAGAAGAUUUGAAAGAAAUUGGCAAAAUGUUGUCGAUCAUAUUGAAGGUGUUGAUAACCUUCUUCUAAUAAAUGAGACAACAGCUGAUGAAAAUAUUAGUCAGCAAAGAGCACAAAACUUUCGAGAAGCAGAAACCAUCAGACGAUAUAGACGAGUGUUUAGACCAUUGUUUAUCAAUUAUUCAUCUUUUGAUGCUCGUCUCGAAACAUUCACUAUGUGGCCGCUAGGUCAUCCAAUAGUACCUUCGAGAAUGGCUGAAGCUGGUUUCAUCCACAAUGGGUAUACUGAUGUUACUAUUUGUUUUCAUUGUGGCCACUGUAUUUCUAAUUGGGAUGCUGAUGAUGACCCAUGGAUAGAGCAUGUUAAUGGAUCACCACUAUGUGCCUAUAUUUAUCUAAUGAGAGGGAAUCAAUAUAUCGAAGCCAGGCAAAGUUUAUGUCUUCAAGACCAUUGA